AUGGCCAUAGGGGUCUGGCAGCUCCUACUGGAUAUGGGAAUUAUGUCAUCAGUGGACCAGCAUUUAUGCUUUCAAGAUACCUAUGUUUUCUACCAGUUUUCGUCUGAUGAGUGUAGCUACUUGUACUGUGAAUUUGAAAGAGAAGAGGCGUGGCAAAAUGGUGUCAAACUUUUACUGCAGCUUGUGCCUCUCAUUCCCACUAGAGCUGGCAUCUGUGAACUAUCUCAUCAGAAAAUUGAAGACUCAGAAGAGAGCAGCGAUGAAAUUCUUUGUCGUCUAACGUCUGCGGUGCAGAGAGAGCUAGCAGCUGUUAUUGCUUUGAAAGCAAGGAAGUCUGCAAUUGAACACGAUGAAGAAAACAGUGACAAACACGUAACUGUGACAGAGGCUGAAGGUGUUGCGGAUCCUCAGGCUGGUGUGAUAUGCAAACUUCAGGAGAGAGAUGAUAUCGGGCGAAUUGAACUGGUCCAGAAGCUGGCAAGAGAAAACUGUCAAUUUUUGCAGACGGACAAAAAAGAACAGGAGAAGUCUGAACACCAGGAUGAUGAAGUGACAACUGUUCAGGUUAAAGAGCAAGACCGGGACGUCCUGGUGCUGAAGAAAGUGCAGAGCUGCGGCCCAGCCCCCCAAGCGGGGAGCGCGGAGAGUGAUUGGAGAUACGUGGUCGUGUCCGGGACCCCGGAGAAGAUCUUGGAGCACCUUUUGAAUGACUUGCACCUGGAAGAAGUCCAGGACAAAGAAACAGAGACCCUCCUUGAUGACUUCCUUCUCACGUACACAGUCUUCAUGACAACUGACGACUUGUGCCAGGCGCUGUUGAGGCACUAUUCUGCUAAGAAGUAUCAAGGCAAAGAAGAAAAUUCAGAUGUUCCUUGUCGGAAACGGAAGGUCUUGCAUCUUGUUUCCCAGUGGAUUGCUCUGUACAAAGACUGGUUACAUGAAGAUGAACAUUCAAAAAUGUUUUUAAAGACCAUAUACAGAAACGUACUGGAUGAUGUAUAUGAAUACCCAAUACUUGAAAAAGAACUGAAAGAAUUUCAAAAGAUACUUGGAAUGCACCGUCGUCACACUGUAGAUGAAUAUUCACCACAGAGGAAGAAUAAAGCCCUUUUCCACCAAUUCAGUCUUAAGGAGAACUGGCUCCAGCAUAGAGGAACUGUGACGGAAACAGAGGAAAUUUUCUGUCACGUGUAUAUCACGGAGCACUCCUAUGUCAGCGUGAAGGCAAAAGUUUCCAGUACAGCCCAAGAGAUCCUGAGAGUUGUGGCGGAAAAGAUCCAGCAUGCGGAAGAGGAUCUGGCUCUGGUAGCCGUCACAUUCUCUGGGGAAAAGCAUGAACUUCAGCCAAAUGACUUGGCCAUCUCCAAAUCCCUUGAAGCAUCUGGUCGGAUAUAUGUCUACCGGAAAGACCUGGCUGACACUUUGAAUCCUUUUGCAGAAAAUGAAGAAUCACAGCAAAGGUCGAUUAGAAUUUUGGGAAUGAACACUUGGGAUAUUGCUCUGGAAUUAAUGAAUUUUGAUUGGAGCCUCUUCAAUUCAAUUCACGAGCAAGAGCUGAUCUACUUCACGUUCAGCAGACAAGGAAGUGGGGACCACACAGUGAACCUGAGCCUCCUACUCCAGAGAUGCAAUGAGGUCCAGCUCUGGGUAGCCACGGAGAUUCUGCUCUGCAGCCAACUGGGCAAGAGAGUGCAGCUGGUGAAAAAAUUCAUCAAAAUUGCUGCUCACUGCAAAGCCCAGAGAAACCUGAAUUCUUUCUUUGCUAUUGUGAUGGGUCUCAACACUGCUUCUGUCAGCCGGCUGUCCCAGACCUGGGAGAAAAUCCCUGGGAAGUUUAAGAAACUUUUUUCUGAACUUGAAAGUUUAACAGAUCCUUCCCUGAAUCACAAAGCCUACCGAGAUGCAUUCAAAAAGAUGAAACCACCCAAAAUCCCUUUCAUGCCCUUAUUGCUUAAAGAUGUAACAUUCAUUCAUGAAGGAAAUAAAACAUUUUUGGAUAAUCUUGUCAAUUUUGAAAAACUGCAUAUGAUUGCAGACACUGUCCGAACACUGAGACACUGCAGGACUAACCAGUUUGGUGACGUAUCUCCAAAAGAGCACCCAGAGUUAAAAUCCUACGUUCAUCACCUGUGCGUCAUUGACAGCCAGCAGGCCCUGUUUGCGCUCUCGCACAGGAUCGAGCCACGGGUGUGA